AUGGCUCCCUCUGCCGAUCCAAUCCCCGCCGUUCCGGCCCUUCGCGAGGAAUUCCCCUCACCUACCCAUCCCGACCGGUUGCACGUUAAUCGGAGCUCGAAGGCCUUCGGAAGUGGGGCAUACUCAUUGAUCGACCUUCCCGCCGGCGCAUUGUUCGCCAAAAUUACUACUGCCACUCCGGGCAAGAAAGCAUACACAAGCGUCCAAACAGGUGCCGACACGCACAUUGAGCUCAAUUCAGACUUGGUUUUCUGCAACCAUUCCUGCGCUCCAACAGUAGUCUUUGACAUGGCGCGUAUGGAGGUUCGAGCGGUGGAUGACCGACCAUUGAAGAAGGGGGAUGCAUUGACCUUUUUCUAUCCGAGUACUGAGUGGGAUAUGGAUCAGGCUUUCCAAUGUACUUGUGGUGCGAACGAGUGCAAAGGGUGGAUUGCUGGGGCUAAGGAUAUGCCCUCGGCCGUUUUGGAUGAGUACUGGCUGAACCCGCAUAUUACUAGCUUGUUGAAUGAGCAAAAGUGA